CCUCACUCACCACUCUCCUAUCCCUGAACGGCUCAGACACAGCUCUCAAGAUGUCCUGGACGCAUACAACCUUCCUUGCGCUUGUCGCUGUGCUCCUGUCACUGUCCUGUGAGUGAGUCUGCCUGCAGGGGGACUGUAUUGUCAGGGAAUAAUAUAUAUUUACGGGGUGUGAAUGAAUACUUGAGGAGGAUGGUGCAAGUAAUAUUUUCUGUGAUAUCGCUAGAGAAACUUAGAGAGUAUUCUGAGGGCAGAGUGACUCUGUUACUAGUGAUAGUGGUAUGGGAACAUUGUGAUAGAGAGCUCAACGCUGAUCUGAUGUUUUGUUCUAUCAUCAUGUACCUCUGAACCACUGCAGUGUCUCAGGAGGUAGACAGUGCAGCUGUCCCCGAUGAUAAGGGCAUUACCAAGGCAACCGACCCGAGAGGUGAGCAGCACGACCUUCACUGAACCCUCUUCGUCUUCUGCAGCAUAUACAACCUAAUUGCUUGGUGCUGGCUGGGACUUCAAACCUUACUGAACGCACUCUUUUUUUGCUUGCUGCUAAAUCUACCCUCCUCUCAUCUCUUAUGCGAUUGUAACAUAAUGGAAACGUUUUGUUGUCUUUGUUUUCCCCGAUCUGGGAGCGAACUCACCCCCCUCUGCAUACCAACACAACGGCUCUCAACUCAAAGUCUUCUCUUUAUCUUUUCUUCUCAGGUCCACUGAGGGAGAUCUUCAUGCCCGAGGCCGAUGCAGCAAACUUCUUCAGACGCCGCAGCAGAAGAGCUGCGAAGUCUCAGGACGAAAUCGACGGUGAAUGAAGCUUUCUAUGUCUCUUUGUUUGGAUCUCUUUUAGGAUCUCCUUUAUGUUGCUUGGAUGUUUCUGGGGUUGUUUUUCACCAAUGGUCAGUGGUGAACUGUCAGUGGAUGGUGUGGUGUUGCGUGCCUCUGUCUGUGGAUGCCUGAACGAAGCAUAGCUUGUGUGUCUAGCCUAGAUGGAUGGUUUGGUCCCACACAUCUCUAGAUUGAUCAAUGCUUUUUAAGGUCAGCUGAAUGUUUUGGUUGCAGAGGUGGUCUACUACUGCACUAUGCCAGAGUAUAUUACUGGAUGGAGUUUAUAUAGCUGCCUUCUACUGUGGAUGGAGUUUACAUUGCUGCAAUUGAAUACAGCAAUGGCUGAAGUCCCAGUGUUUUAUCUGUAUUUGUAAUGAUUCGGUCCCGUGUGGCUCAGUUGGUAGAGCAACACCACUGUGGUUCGAUUCCCAUGUGGGACCAGUACGAACAAAUAUGAAAAUGUAUGCACUCACUACUGUAAGUUGCUCUGGAUAAGAGCGUCUGCUAAAUGACAAAAAUGUCAAAUGAUUCAGCUGAAUAGGUAAUGUUAUGACACUGAGUGAAUACAGAUUGAAUACUGUUAUGGCUGUACUGAGAUGGAGAAUAGUGUUUUUACUGUGGAAAGGCUGGCUGACAACUGGAAGCUGCAAAACCUAUAGCCCUGGACACCUCAGGUGCUAUACCCUUGCCAGACCGCCUCAGACCAGAGUUUUGUUCAGUAGGGCACACUACAAAACACUAAAAUGUUUUGCAACAGAAAACCAAACCAAGUGUUCUCAUUGGACAAGUUUAGGUAUGGUACCUCCCCGUUUCAAACGUUUUCUCCCCACUGAACAUGACCCAGCUAUAAACGGUAGCAUAUUGGAGGCUGCCGCAGGAGCCACAGGGUACCAUGGAGCAUUUAGCUUCUCUCCUCCUUUUAUCCUACUCAGCUAAAACUGAGGAGUAGACAAAAAUCUCUACUUUCAUUUCACUUCUGAGAAAAGUACAUGUAUUAUGCAGGGAAAGGUGAUACUUAGUCAGUUACAAAACUGAAUGAAUUCAACUGAAAUGUGUCUUCCACAUUUAACCCAACCCCUCUGAAUCAGAGAGGUGCGGGAGUUUCCUUAAUCGACAUCAUCAGGGUCAGGGGAAGAGUUGUUGUGGGGGUUAACUGCCUUGUUCAAAGGCAGAAUGGCAGAUUUGUACACCUUUCCAGCUCAGGGAUUUGAACAAGCAACCUUUCAGGUUACUAUCCCAACACUCUAACCACUAGGACACGAGAGGAGACCUUGUGAAAGUUCCCAUAAGUGAGAUGUUUGAUUGUUUUCUUUAACUACUCAGUUGACGGCCAGGUGAGAGUUUAGCUGGAGAAAGAGAGAAAGAGAGCCGCUGAGAAGCGAGUUACAUAAUACAUAAACUGUUAGCUGAAAGAAGUUAGAGAUAGAGAAGAAAAAGAGAGAAAGAGAGAGUGAGAUGGAGUGGUUUGUAUUCAGUCUGGAUAUGGAGAGAGAGAGCAGUUAGAAGUUGAGUGUGGAAUGUGCCAACACACAGUGGAGGGAGGGGGUCAGAGAGAAAAGAGACGGACAGAGCGAGAUAAAAAUGUGUUUACUUUUUUAAAGCCACUUUCGCAGCCACAUGUUGACACUACUAAACCACAGUAAGUCACAUGAGACCUGGAGAAAAUGUGGAUAAACCUAUAGUGUGUGUGUGUGUACAGUCGUGGUCAAAAGUUUUGAGAAUGACACAAAUACUAAUUUUCACAAAGUCUGCUGCCUCAGUUUUGAUGAUGGCAAUUUGCAUAUACUCCAGAAUGUCAUGAAGAGUGAUCAGAUGAAUUGCAAUUAAUUGCAAAGUCUCUCUUUGCCAUGAAAAUGAACUUAAUCCCCAAAAAACAUUUCCACUGCAUUUCAGCCCUGCCACAAAAGGACCAGCUGCCAUCAUGUCAGUGAUUCUCUCGUUAACACAGGCAAGAGUGUUGACGAGGACAAGGCUGGAGAUCACUCUGUCAUGCUGAUUGAGUUAGAAUAACAGACUGGAAGGAGGGUGGUGCUUGAAAUCAUUGUUAUUCCUCUGCUAACCAUGGUUACCUGCAAGGAAACACGUGCCGUCAUCAUUGCUUUGCACAAAAAGGGCUUCACAGGCAAGGAUAUUGCUGCUAGUAAGAUUGCACCUAAAUCAACCAUUUAUCGGAUCAUCAAGAACUUCAAGGAGAGAGGUUCAAUUAUAGUGAAGAAGGUGUCAGGGCGCCCAAGAAAGUCCAGCAAGCUCCAGGACCGCCUCCUAAAGUUGAUUCAGCUGCGGGAUCGGGGCACCACCAGUGCAGAGCUUGCUCAGGAAUGGCAGCAGGCAGGUGUGAGUGCAUCUGCACGCACAGUGAGGCGAAGACUUUUGGAGGAUGGCCUGGUGUCAAGAAGGGCAGCAAAGAAGCCACUUCUCUCCAGGAAAAAUAUCAGGGACAGACUGAUAUUCUGUAAAAGGUACAGGGAUUGGACUGCUGAGGACUGGGGUAAAGUCAUUUUCUCUGAUGAAUCACCUUUCCGAUUGUCUGGGGCAUCCGGAAAACACCUUGUCCGGAGAAGACAAGGUGAGCGCUACCAUCAGUCCUGUGUCAUGCCAACAGUAUCCUCCCGAGUGGCACAGUGGUUUAAGGCACUGCAACGCAGUGCUAGCUGUGCCACUAGAGAUCCUGGUUCAAAUCCAGGCUCUGUUGUAGCUGGCUGCGACCGGGAGACCCAUGGGGCAGUGCACAAUUGGCCCAGUGUUGUCCAGGGUAUGGGGAGGGAAUGGCCGGCAGGGAUGUAGCUCAGUUGGUUGUGGGUUCAAUUCCCACGGGGGGCCAGUGUAAAAAAUAAUGUAUGCACUAACUGUAAGUCGCUCUGGAUAAGAGUGUCUGCUAAAUGACUAAAAUGUAAAGCAUCCUGAGACCAUUCGUGUGGGGUUGCUUCUCAGCCAAGGGAGUGGGCUCACUCACAAUUUUGCCUAAGAACACAGUCAUGAAUAAAGAAUGGUACCAACACAUCCUCCGAGAGCAACUUCUCCCAACCAUCCAAGAACAGUUUGGUGACGAACAAUGCCUUUUCCAGCAUAAUGGAGCACCUUGUCACAAGGCAAAAGUGAUAACUAAGUGGCUCGGGGAACAAAACAUCGACAUUUUGGGUCCAUGGCCAGGAAACUCCCCAGACCUUAAUCCCAUUGAGAACUUGUGGUCGAUCCUCAAGAGGCGGGUGGACAAACAAAAACCCACAAAUUCGGACAAAUCCAAGCAUUGAUUAUGCAAGAAUGGGCUGCCAUCAGUCAGGAUGUGGCCCAGAAGUUAAUUGACAGCAUGCCAGGGCGGAUUGCAGAGGUCUUGAAAAAGAAGGGUCAACAUUGCAAAUAUUGACUCUUUGCAUAAACUUAAUGUAAUUGUUAAUAAAAUCAUUUGACACUUAUGGAAUGCUUGUAAUUCUACUUCAGUAUACCAUAGUAAAAUCUGACAAAAAUAUCUCAUAACACUGAAGCAGCGAACUUUGUGAAGACCAAUACUUGUGUCAUUCUCAAAACUUUUGACCACGACUGUACAUCUGCAUUUCUUGAUGUUUGGGGUUUUAGGCUGGGUUUCUGUUUAAGCACAUCUGUUGAUGUAAAAAGGGCUUAAUACAUUUAUUUGAUUGAUUUAUUGAUUGAUUGUGUGUCUGUGUUUUUUGUUUUCCUAUCCUUGUGGGGACCAGAAGUCCCAGAAGUCCAACAUCAAUGUGCCUUUCACCUGUAUUCAAAUGGGUGAACCUGUUUGACUUUGGGGUUUUAGGUGUUGAGGUUAUGCCAUGUAGAAGUGAGUGGGUGGGUCAAAUACUGUAAGACAGGAGUAAGGAGCAUAUCACUCAUUUGCCCUGUGAGAAAAUAAACUAGCAAAGAGUGUCUUUGUCUGUGUGUCACAUUAUCAUCGUGAUGUGUAAAUAAGUGACUUGCAUACAGUGCAUUAUCCCGAUGAUUGACAUAACUCCUGAGUGCGCAGUGGUCUAAGGCACUGACGCAUGCUAACGGCCACUAGAGAUCUGGUUCGAAUCCAGCUCGUCGCGCGGCCCGUACGGAGAAUCAUGGGCGGCGCACAAUGCCAGCGUGUCAGUGGAGAGGAUGGCGUGCAGGAUGUACUAGUUAAAUAAGCUGGCGUUUGCACGCCAGGUUGUGGGUUCGUUUCCCAUGGGGGGCCAUGGCGCUAGCAACGCCAGAGUUGUGGGUUCGAUUCCCACGGGGGGCCAGUACGAAAAAUGUAUGCACUCACUAACUGUAAGUUGCUCUGGAUAAGAGCGUCUGCUAAAAUGUAAAUGUAAAAUAACCCUUGGUUGAUGAUAUUGGUGGUCACCUUUUGAGUUUUAUUCACACUGGGUCAUUACUUCACAACUCCCUGACCACCGAGCUGCAAAGGAACGCUGCAAGCUUUACCAUUUCAACUGUUAAUCUUAUUGCUUAUCCAUUUAGUUGUUAUUUACAACUACCUGACUGACCUGAAUUCCCAAAAGAAAAUUCCAAAGGGAGUCGUUAUGCAGGCAAAGACCUGUCCCAUGGAACAACAAUGAAGACAAGGUCAGAGGUCAGGACUAGGAGAGGAUUCCAUGGCCCAAACCCAGAGUCUGCCUGUACUCUGCAGAGAUCCAAUCCUACGUAAUGUUGUUGGUGCAGUUUGACGCAGGUGAAACUAUUUAAUUUACUUCCUUUUUAUUUUGAUCCUCCCCUAUAGCUGAACAGAGGCAGGUGCUGGCUGCAGAUGAGCGGAAGAGAGAGAACCAUGAGGAACAGAGGAAUAAGUUUGAGAACUACGCUGAGGAGGAGCAAGACGGUAUAAUAAUAGACCUUGUACAAAACAUUAGGAACACCUGUUCUUUCCAUUAUAAUAAUUUAUUACAUUUCUAUAGCGCUUUUCAUAAUCUCAAAGUGCUUCAAAAACUAAAAAGCAAUACAUCAUCAUGAGUAGCCUAACUAUAGUUAGGUCAACCAAUAGAGGCCAAGUCAUCCUCCAAAGAUAGAGAGGGUCAGUUCAUGGCUUGAUCAGAGGAAGGUGUUCAGCGAGAUGGUUGAUGAAGAAGAGAGGGUUGCUCUGGGAACCAGCCUGAUUCGUGGUCCUCUGAGGCUCAAUUGGUAGAGCAUGGCGCUUGUAACGCCAGAGUAGUGGGUUCGAUUCCCGGGACCACCCAUACGUAAAAAUGUAUGCGCGCAUGACUGUAAGUCGCUUUGGAUAAAAGCGUCUGCUAAAUGGCAUAUUAUUAUUAUUAUUAUUAUUGAACACCACGCUUGGAUCCAAGUGGGUUUGCAGUUUCAAAGUCAUCAUAGUACAAAUGGCAUAUUAUUUAUUUGUGUAGCUACUGGACUUCUCCUCCUUCCUAAUGUAUGCCACCCACUUGAGUGAUGCCUUGACAGCCAGAAAGCUCACCACACACAGUUCAGAGUAGUAGCCAGUCGCCCUCACUACGAGCCCUCUGCCUCAGCAUUCCUUUACUACAUCUCCCAUUCCUCUCAAGCUUCAGGUGACUCUUCAAUUGAUGUUUUCAAAAGAUCAGGAACCAGCAGCCAGGUGAAACAAAAAAGCUGGUACAGUGUACAGAUGCAUAAUUCUAACAAAAACUAUUAAAAAGAGUUGACUUGCCAGUCCAUCUGCAAAUCUGUGGAUCAAAACCACCAGAAAUAUGCAAUAAAACUCAAUGUAUUCAAAAACAAAACAGCUGAUUAAAAAAACACAGUUAAAAACACAAAAAUAAUUAAAUAUGUACAUAUUUACAGAAACUUUUUGCUUAGGCUGCUACUAGGGCGACAUGGCAACUACCAUGACAUAGACUGACCAGGUGAAUCCAGGUGAAAGCUAUGAUCCCUUAUUGUUAAAUCCACUUCAAUCGGUUUAGAUGAAGGGGGGGAGACAGGUUAAAGAAGGAUUUUUAAGCCUUGAGACAGUUGAGACAUGGAUUGUGAAUGUGUGCCAUUCAGAGGGUGAAUGGGCAAGACAAAUGAUUUAAGUGCCUUUGAACGGGGGAUGGUAGUAGGUGCCAGGAGCACCGGUUUGAGUGUGUCAAGAACUGCAGCGCUGCUGGGUUUUCCAUGCUCAACAGUUUCCUAUGUGUAUUAAGAAUGGUCCACCACCCAAAGGACAUCCAGCCAAUUUGACACAACUGUGGGAAGCAUUGGAGUCAACAUGGGCCAGCAUCCCUAUGGAACACUUUCAACACCUUGUAGAGUCCAUGCCCCGACGAAUUGAGGCUGUUCCUAAUGUUUUCUACACAGUGUAUAAUAUACUGUAUAAUACCUUAAUACACAGCAUAAUCAAUAACAGGUUAUUUUGUAUUCUACUCCUGUAACAGUCCCUCUUUAGUUUGGGUGUAUAAUCAGAGCACAGUAUGGCAGUAGGAAGGUAGCCUAUGUUUAUCAGUGAAUUGAUCCAGUAACUUGGAUCUGUCUACCCUCCUCAUUCCCUCCCAUAACUUACCUCUGACAUCAGAGCAAGACGAGAGGACACGGGAGAGCACCGAGCAGUGGCGAGAGUUCCACUAUGACGGCCUGCAUCCCCCCCAGGAGUACAACCGCCAAUCUACCUGAGAGACAUCACCGCCCUCCUGGAGAACAGUGGUAUUACAGCAGGCAGGACACAGAGGGCCCGCCCCCUACUAUAGACACACCUCUACCUGUAAAACUUUUUAUCAUCUCAUGUACACUUUCAUAAAUACAUUGGAAAGACUUUAGGUAGAAGGUGAUCUCUUUUAUAAAUAAGCGUUUUUAAAGAAACAAAUUAAUGUUAUUCUUCUGUGCUGGUUUGAAAGUUUGCAUGUGUGUUGCAUUUUCGCAUGCUGUGUGACUAUACAAUGAUGUAGAUUUGAACAUAUACUGUACCAGUCAAAAGUUUGGACA